AUGGACAACGAAAACAAAGAUCGUUUCUUUAUUGAGGAGUUUGGUAGUUCAGAAGGAGAAGAUGAGAUCGAGGUUAGUCGCCUGAGACGUCACAAAAUCUGUAAACAGUCUUCUCGGCCGAGCAUGGAUAGCUCUCCUCCGCUCCUGCUGGUAUACAGCAACCCGGGUCCUGUUUCCAGUUUGGACCUGCAGGAGGAGGAGGACAGAGACCAGGAGGACAGAGACCUGCAGGGGGAGGACAGAGACCAGGAGGAGGAGGACAGAGACCUGCAGGGGGAGGACAGAGACCAGGAGGACAGAGACCUGCAGGAGGACAGAGACCAGGAGGACAGAGACCAGGAGGACAGAGACCAGGAGGACAGAGACCAGGAGGAGGAGGACAGAGACCAGGAGGAGGAGGACAGAGACCUGCAGGGGGAGGACAGAGACCAGGAGGACAGAGACCAGGAGGACAGAGACCAGGAGGAGGAGGACAGUGACCAGCCUGUCGAGGAGUGGAUGAUCCUAGGGAGUGAGGAGCAGGUGGGAGACUCAAGUAUUCAUCUUAACCUGAGCUACUGGGACAACUCUGCGGAUGACUCUGGAGAUGAAGAUCAGAAUGUGAAGUCAGAGAUGGACACUUGGCAAGUAUCAGAGAAGGACAAGUGUGGUGCUGAGAAGUCUCAGCCCUUCCGCUAUUGGGUACCUGGUAACUUUCAGGCCUGUAACAUCUGCAAUAGGAUGGGACAUCUCGCAAGAAGCUGCUAUUAUCAGAAGAAAUGUCCCACCUGUGUCCUCUGUGGCAUCCAGGGCCACAUCCUGAGGGACUGUCCGCGCCGUCCCUGCUCCAGCUGUGGACUGCCUUCUCAUUGCUUCAGACCCUGUGAAAGACCCCCAGUUUGGAAUCAACACUGCAAGCGCUGCAGGAUGGCAGGGCAUCUCUCUGAUGCCUGCCCUGAUUUGUGGAGACAAUACCACUUGACUAUCCAACUAGACGUUCCAGUAAGGCCAUUGACAGUCCACACCCCAGAACAAAAGGAAUACCUGACUUUUUGUUACAACUGCUCCAAGAUGGGACAUUAUGGUUAUGAGUGCUCUAAAAGGAGGAUGGUCAGCGGGGUGUUUCCCUCACUGCCCUUUGUUAUCCAUUAUGACUCAAUCAACGACAUCCUGAAACAUAAUUCAAGGAUGCAUGAAGGAUCAAAAGAGCUCAUAAGUGCUGGAUGCCUGCCUUUCUUAGAUCAGCAGACUGAACUAACACAAGAGAGUGGUGAGGAGAAUCUGGCCGUUCAAGGGAGGAGCAGGACAAAGCAGGUGGCGUGUAGCCAGGCUUGCAGGAGGAAGACGUGGCCAGAGAGGCGCAGAGAGAGACGGGAGGUGAAAAAGCUGAGGAGAGAGGCUCAAGCAAGACGAGAAGGAGGACUGUUGGGGAGAUCCAAGGGAAAAUUUGAUGAUGAAGUUUGCCCUUCAGACCCCUCCAGGUCUCUCCUUCAUGGUCAGAAGUCUCCAUCCCCUCCACAAAAGAAGAAGAAGAGGAGGGAUGAGGCAGGUGACAGAAGGAGCCGGAAGAGCAGAGAGGCAGAGAGAUGGAAGAAGAGAGGAGGGCUUAAACAUGGGGAUUUAUAUCCCCAUGGUGAUGUAGAUAUCAGCAGCGAAAACUUUCUUUCCCCAAAACAAAGAGUACGUCACAGAAGACGAUGAAGUGUGAUUAUUUCUUCAUGUUUAAGGGUAAUGAAUGUGACUGGAUAAUAGUAAACAAUUUUGUACCUGU